AUGUCUAAUAAUAAUUCUCGUCUCCAACAGUAUCCAAAUGGCGCAUUUGACGAUCAAAAACCGGAACCCGACCCUAAUAAUCAACAGUUCAAGAAUUACGUAAGUGUGUUGACACGUUUCGAUGAUUGGGUUACCGGUCAUUCCCAUGUGCGUAGUCCACAGGAAGUGUUGCCAGAUGACGAAUUUAAUGAUCUGAAACCGCAAGUGGAUCCAAACAAUCAGCAAUUCAACGAAUAUGUUAAAGUAUUGACUCGUUUCGAUCCGUGGGUUACCGGUCAAAAAGUUCCGAUUCCGGCAGACCCAACUACGGAUGCAUUGCAUCAAGAUUUUGAUAUUAGCAAUGUGCAAGAGCUACCAAAUAUCGUUAAUAAUGAACAAAACCAAAAUAAAUAUUCUGAAAACAAUGUUCUUAUUUCGGAUUCAAAGGUUCACAAUCAAGAAACAAUACCUUUCAAUGAUGGAAAACCAAAUAUCCCACCAAAUGCGGCGUUUAAUGAAUACGUGAAGGUUUUGACUCGAUUUGAUCCAUGGGUAACUGGAGAAAAAGUUCCUAUUCCUCCCAAUCCCGAAACGGAUGUUCUACAUCAGGUUUUCAAAAGAUCUUUAAUAAGCCCAGAAGAACAUUUCGCUGACCAAUUCAGCGAUCCGAAUCCCUAUAAUCCUACAGCUAACGACGAUUAUAAUAGUUUCGUAAAGGAACUUAAACGGUUUGAUCCUUGGAUAACUGGACAGAAGGUUCCAAUUCCUAGAGACCCCGUUACGGACGCAUUGCAUCAAAUCCGCAGACGUGCAAAUAAUGGUAUUGAAUCCGAACAACUCAUAUCAUCUCGGUCCAGACGUGCAAUAAUUUUUCGUCCAAUUUUCGUCUACAGGCUUCAACAACUAAAAAAAGCUGACACCACCAGCGGAAAUCGUGCUUUAAACGAUGCGUGA